GACUCGCUCAAAGUGGUGCAUGCCACGGUCGGAGCUUUUCAGUCUUCCAAGGAGGCAAUAUGGGCCUCUCGAGGCAUCACAAUGUCCCAUGUCGCGACCCGUCGUGCACCGAAUGCAAUGAAUUUCUUGCGCCAACUAGAAGUCCUUCGCAAAAGCGGGGAGGCAAGCGACUUCACGGAGUGGCAGAAUGCAACCCAAGUUGCUCGCGCUUUUUCCAUUGGCAAGAGUGAAGCACAGGCCAUUUCGAACCUUCAGGACAAAAUCAACCCAGAGAUCGUGACUAUGCUCAAGGAGAGUACGCGAGUCCGUGGAAUGAGGCAAUUCAUGAACCACGACCUUUUGUGCAAAGACCUUUUCAACCGUGGCUUUAGCAGUGGUGCAAGCGGAGCGUUGUGUGCUUGGGGUGUUGACUUGUCAAACAACGACGACAAUGAGUUGGACGCCUGGCUGCUACGUGUGAAGCUCUUCAUUCAACGCUUGAACGCUGACUGGGAUCGGAUCCCGCCCGGGCUCAAGAAACCAUGGGGUUUCAAAGACGCCAGUGCGGUUCACAGUGCCUGUGGAGGGUUUUUGGCAAUCAUGACUGCCCUCAAGGCUGAAAUCCCGCAGUCAGACUUUGCACAGAACGAAGCACAGAUACGGGAGCAAUUCCACUUGGGAUACCUAGAUCCCGAUAUCAUCCACUUCCUCGAGAGCACAAUUCCACCUGUGAAUUUGCAAGAG